AAAGUUUAUAAAUUUAUUAUUAACAAUGUCCCGGCACGCUAUAAGAAAAUUCAACUUGGAUCUGCAUAUGGAUCCAAGUAAUGUUGUAUUUUCAAUGUUCACCGAUGAAGAAAUCAAGAAGUUGAGUGUUUGUAAAAUUUAUACACCCAUGACAUUCAAUAGUUUGGGGAAUCCUUUGCCUGGAGGACUUUAUGACCCUUGUUUAGGCCCUUUGGGUGAAAGAAGCGAUCCUUGCCAAACAUGUUUUCAUAAUGUCAUAGGUUGCCCUGGACAUAUUGGGCAUAUCGAACUACCCUUACCAGUACUGAAUCCGUUGUUUUAUAAUAUGAUACGGUCUUUGCUGAAGAUUACAUGUGUUACUUGUUUUCGAUUGCAAAUUCCAGAUCAUGUGAACAAAUUGCUUCUUCUACAAUUACAAUUGGUUAAUGCGGGUUAUCUCAUGGAGGCUCAAAAUUUAGAUUUAUAUAUGAAUGUUACACCUGAGGAUAAAGAAAAUUAUCCAGAGGAGCUGCUGAAUAAUUAUGCAGAGCUUGCCAAAAAAGGUAACUUUACCCAAAAGAACAAAAACAUCGAAGGCAUCAGAAGCAACUUCAUAAGCACCGUCAUAAAACAGAUUCAAGUCAAAAAAAUUUGCAUGCAUUGCAAACAGCAUUUGAUUAAAAUCAGUGGCAUGCAUCAUAAAUUGAUGAUAGAAGUCGCGGCUAAAGAUAAAGAUGAUUCGAAAGUUAUGAAAAGUUCCAUGACCCUGUUAUUCCCUGGGGAUUGUAGAGAGUAUUUCCGAAAAUUGUGGGUUCAAGAAAAGGAUUUGUUGCAAGAAAUUAUAUCGGUUUUGAAGGGCAACAAUACGGCGACUCAUCCGACUGAUGUGAUGUUUCUUGAAGUCGUUGCUGUGCCUCCGCCGAAUGUCAGACCGGUGAAUUACAUGAACGGUAAAAUGAUCGAGCAUCCCCAAUCCCAAGUCUACAAGGCGAUUUUGAACAGUUGUACAGUAGUUCGUGCAAUUUUGCAAUGUGUCAAUAAUGAGGGUAAUGUGUUGGAGACGACGCAAGUCGUUUAUAAUAAUUCAAUGGGACAAACUGGUAUCGAGAAGCUGAAUAAUGCUUGGCAGCAAUUGCAAGCUAGUGUGGAUCAUCUAAUGGACGUCGAGAUGAAUAAGAUUACUGGGAGUGUUGAUGGUCAGGGACUGAAACAGAUUAUGGAAAAGAAAGAAGGUAUUAUCCGUAUGCACAUGAUGGGAAAGCGUGUCAAUUUCGCAGCCCGUUCCGUAAUAACACCAGAUCCGAAUUUGAACAUCGACGAAAUCGGAGUACCCGAAGCAUUCGCCAAGAAACUAUCUUAUCCAGUACCAGUAACGUCCUGGAACGUGACAGAACUGCGAAAAAUGGUCAUGAACGGCCCUAACGUCCAUCCUGGUGCUGUCAUGAUAGAAAACGAGGACGGCUCUUUAAUAAAAAUACCGAGUGAUGAAAUCACUAAAAAAAGUAUUGCUAAACGUCUCCUCACGCCUUCGGAGAGCGGAAAACAAGGGGUUAAGAUAGUACAUAGGCAUUUGUGUAACGGUGAUAUUUUGUUGCUAAAUCGGCAACCCACGUUGCACAAGCCGUCGAUAAUGGCGCACAAGGCCAGGAUUUUACCAGGAGAGAAGACUUUGAGACUCCAUUACGCCAAUUGCAAGGCGUACAACGCUGAUUUUGACGGUGACGAGAUGAACGCACAUUUUCCCCAAAACGAACUGGCCAGAAGCGAAGGCUACAACAUUGUAAACGUUUGCAACCAGUACCUGGUGCCUAAAGACGGAACACCCCUCAGUGGUCUCAUCCAGGACCACAUGAUAGCCGGGGUAAGACUAUCCAUGCGCGGUAGAUUUUUCACCAAAGAAGAUUACCACAUGCUUGUCUAUAGCGCUCUGGUCCACAUCCAAGGCGACAUCAAACUUCUACCACCAGCCAUACUCAAACCAGUAAAACUUUGGUCAGGGAAACAAGUUAUAUCGACUUUGAUAAUAAACCAUAUACCCAAAAAGGCUAUUGCUUUGACCCUGAAUUCUACUGCUAAAAUUCCUGCAAAUGCCUGGCAGCUGGAGACACCAAGACCGUGGUUGGCUGGUGGUACCCAAUUUAAAAAUUCUAAUGAGAUGACCGAGGCUGAAGUGGUGAUACAGAAGGGGCAGUUGCUGUGCGGGGUUUUGGAUAAGACACAUUAUGGAGCUACGCCUUAUGGACUGAUUCAUUGCAUGUACGAGCUUUAUGGUGGUUCCUGGUCGAACAAGCUCCUAAGUUCUUUUGCCAAAUUGUUCACCAGUUUUCUGCAAAGAGAAGGAUUCACAUUAGGAGUGCAUGAUAUUCUUGUCCAAAAAUCAGCAGAUGAAAAAAGAGCAAAAAUUAUCGCAGAAACCAGAAAGGUUGGUCCUAAAGCAAGUGCAGAAGCUGUUAACCUAACAGAAGAAGCCGAUGCUGAAGAAGUAACUGAGGCUGUGGAGUUGGCACAUAGUACAAAUCCCAAAUUCCGGGCAAUCAUUGACAGAAAAUACAAAGAAGCCUUAAAUAACUAUACCAACAGAAUAAACAAGACUUGUUUACCAGCCGGUUUGCUAUGCAAGUUCCCCUACAAUAAUUUGCAACUGAUGGUCCAGUCGGGUGCAAAAGGUUCCACGGUCAACACUAUGCAGAUCUCUUGUCUUUUGGGCCAGAUUGAAUUGGAGGGUAAAAGGCCACCUGUUAUGAUCUCAGGGAAGUCUUUGCCCAGUUUUCCUGCUUAUGAGCCUUCACCAAGGGCCGGUGGAUUUAUUGAUGGCCGAUUCAUGACAGGGAUUCAACCGCAGGAGUUUUUCUUCCAUUGCAUGGCUGGCCGUGAGGGUCUGAUUGAUACCGCCGUCAAAACCAGUAGAUCAGGUUAUCUCCAAAGAUGUUUGAUCAAACAUUUGGAGGGCUUGACAGUUAAAUAUGACCUGACAGUCCGCGACAGUGACAAUAGUGUGAUUCAAUUUUUGUAUGGGGAAGAUGGAAUGGAUAUUUCCAAAGUUCAAUUUUUGAACAAAAAGCUAAUUCCAUUUUUGAAUGAUAAUUCUGAUGUCAUCUUGAACAAGAAAAUUGUUGAAAAGUUCAAUGAAGAAGGUGUUCCUGAAGAUUUGACACAAACUAUUAAACAGGUAAGUAAGCGCUUAAAACGUUGGAAGCGCAAAUACGGCGAUCCCUUACAAAAAGACAGAACAAGUCCAUUCGCGCAGUACUCCAGAAAAUAUUUGCCGGAAAAAGACAGCAUCGAGUCGGCCCAAAAAAAAUCCAAAAUGACCGGCAGAACCCGGUUGACCAAAAAGGUCAUCAAAAUGUGGCGUGCGAUCCCUAAAGAAGAAAAAGAAAAAUUGAAAGCCAAGUUGAAAAACAUGUGUCCGGAUCCCCUGAUCUCAAAAUACCAACCCGAUCACUACUUUGGGGUAAUAAACGAAAAUUUGGAGAACUUGAUGAAGGAUUAUUUGGAUAAACAGAAUGUUAAGGAGGAUUUUGAGGAUAUGAUCAAGUAUAAAGCGAUGACCACUUUAUGUGAACCCGGUGAACCCGUAGGCCUCCUAGCAGCCCAGUCUGUGGGCGAACCGUCUACUCAAAUGACCCUUAACACUUUCCAUUUUGCUGGCAGAGGUGAAAUGAACGUCACUUUGGGUAUUCCUCGUCUCAAAGAAAUCUUAAUGACUGCCAGUAAAGACAUCAAAACCCCUUGCAUGGAUAUCCCUUUCAGAGAAAAUGUAGCCAAACAUUUUUCCGAAACCGAACGCCUCAGGAAGAGGUUGGUGAGGGUUACGAUUGCCGAAGUUUUGAAGAAGGUCCAAGUGCAUCGGAUAGUCACCGGUGCGAGGAAUAAAAUGCACAAGUAUUCGGUAAAGUUUGAGUUUUUGCCUCAUGGUGCUUAUAAGAACGAUUUUUGUGUGAAACCGAAGGGGAUCAUGAAGUUUAUGGAGCAGAAGUAUUGUCCUUCGCUGAUGAGGGCGAUUGUGAAGUCUUCUAAUAGCAAACAAAUGUUAAUUGUGGACGAAAAACAAAAAUCCAAAAGAAAUAAAAAAGACAAUGAUGAUGAAAAUGAAGACAAGGCUGCGAAGAAAUCAGGGUACAAGACUUUUGGAGAAGACUAUGCUACGUCUGAUGAAGAUGAGGGACUUGGUGAUGAUGAAGAUGCGACAAACGCUCGAAAAAGAUCUAGGAAGAAGGAUGAUCAGGAAUACGAUGUGUCUGAAGAUGAACAGAAUGAUGUUACGUCAGAAGAUGAUAUGGAUGAAGAUUCAAAUGAAUCCAAGAACUUGGAGAAUGGUAAUGAUGCCGAUGAUGUCAAAACCGAAAUGUGCGAUGAUGGUUUCAGUUUUGAUGAGACGAACUUCUUGUGGUGCAAAUAUGUUUUCACGGCCUUGCUGAAAAGCCGUCAUUUGGGAAACACCGAUAUUAAACGAGCCAUAACUUACCAGAACAACGACGGCGAACUUGUUCUUAAAACUGAUGGCAUCAAUAUUGUUGAAAUGUUCAAAUACAAUGAUCUACUAGAUUUAAACAAAUUAUACUCAAACGACGUCCAUUGCAUCGCCCAAACUUCCGGCAUUGAAGCCGCUAGCCGAGUGAUAGUAAAGGAGGUGCAAAACGUGUUUCAACGUUUACGAAUCACUGUAGACCCUAUACAUUUAUUACUGAUCGCAGAUUACAUGACAUACUACGCUUUCCAACCCUUGAGCAGAACCGGGUUGGAAACAUCGGUGUCACCUUUGCAGCAAAUGAGUUAUGAAUCUUCAUUGACGUUCUUGAACAAGCGCUACCAUAAAAGGUAA